UUUUUAAUAACGAUUCCCAUCACAUUUCAGGGUUCGGGUUAAGGUUCGGCUUUCUACUCGGAUCUGCUCUCUCCACGCCGUCCUCCGCCGUCAUGGAAACCCACAAAACCAAGGUCUGCAUCGUCGGAAGCGGUCCCGCAGCCCACACAGCAGCGAUCUACGCAGCUAGAGCGGAGCUCACGCCUCUCCUCUUCGAAGGCUGGAUGGCUAACGACAUCGCUCCCGGCGGUCAAUUAACCACCACCACCGACGUCGAGAACUUCCCCGGCUUCCCCGACGGCAUCCUCGGCGUCGACCUCGUCGCGAAGUUCCGUAAGCAAUCGGAGCGAUUCGGCACCAAGAUCUUCACCGAGACUGUCAACAAAGUCGAUUUCUCCUCGAAGCCGUUUAAGCUGUUCACCAAUACGAGAACCGUCCUCGCCGACGCCGUGAUCGUCUCCACGGGAGCCGUGGCGAAGCGCCUCAGCUUCGCUGGAUCUGGUGAAGGCGCCGGUGGUUUCUGGAACAGAGGUAUCUCGGCGUGCGCCGUGUGCGACGGAGCUGCUCCGAUUUUCAGGGACAAGCCUCUGGUGGUUAUCGGCGGCGGCGAUUCGGCUAUGGAGGAGGCGAAUUUUCUGACUAAGUAUGGUUCUAAGGUUUAUAUAAUCCACAGGAGAGAUACGUUCAGAGCGUCUAAGAUCAUGCAGAAGAGAGCGUUGUCAAACCCUAAGAUUGAAGUGAUUUUGAACGGUUCGGUGGUUGAGGCGUACGGAGAUGAGAACGGGAAAGGCGUUCUUGGAGGUUUGAAGGUGAAGAAUGUUGUUACUGGUGAUGUGUCUGAUUUGAAAGCUUCUGGAUUGUUCUUUGCGAUAGGGCAUGAGCCAGCGACGAAGUUCUUGGAUGGGCAGCUUGAGCUUGAUGAAGACGGUUACGUUGUGACUAAGCCUGGUACUACGAAGACGAGCGUGGCUGGUGUGUUCGCUGCGGGAGAUGUGCAAGAUAAGAAGUACAGGCAGGCCAUCUCAGCUGCAGGAACUGGGUGCAUGGCCGCCUUGGAUGCAGAGCAUUACUUACAGGAGAUUGGAUCUCAAAAAGUUGAACUUGGUCAAGUUGUAAGAGCAACUCCACUCACGGUAUAUAAUGGAGCAUCUACGAGUACUCCAUUCACGGUAUAUAAUGGAGUAUCUACGAGUACUCCAUUCACGGUAGAUAAUGGAGAAACUACGGGUAGAAGGGAAACAAGAUGCAAGUGGAGCCCAGCUGAAGAUGUUGUUCUUAUUAAUGCGUGGUUAAAUACAGACAAAUAUAUAAUUGUGGCUACUGAUCAAAGAGCUUCUUCUUUUUGGAAAAGAAUUGCUGCAUAUUAUUCAUCAAGUCCUGCAGCUGCAAGUCUACCAAAGCGAGAAAGCAGUCACUGUAAGCAAAGGUGGCAGAAAAUAAAUGAUAGUGUUUGCAAGUUUGUUGAAUGCUAUGAUCAUGCUUUGAGACAAAGAACUAGUGGCCAGUCCGAAGAUGAUGUUGUCCAAGUUGCAUACCAAUUCUACUUCGACGAUUGCAAAAAGAGAUUCACGCUUGAACAUGCAUGGAGGAAGCUCCGUCAUAGUCAAAAAUGGUAUAGUUACAUCUCAAAAUGUUCUAAGAGUAGUGGAAGUUCAAAACGAGCAAAAUUGGAUGAAGGGGGCACAUUUUCUUCAAGCUCUAAUACAAAAAGUAAUGUAGAGGAACACGCUAUGGUGGCUCGUCCUAUUGGUGUGAAGUCAUCAAAGGGCGAAGGGGAGAAUGUUGUUACUAAAACAACAAAUGAAGAGAAUGUUGUUACUACUAAAACAACAAAUGAAGAAAGGGAGUCCAACUCUCGAUCAAGGCUAGAGAACUUGUGGGCUCUAAAUGAGAAAGAUAUAGCUGAGAGAAAUAAACUAUCAAGGAUAGAGCUGCUUAGAAGCCUUCUGGGAAAAACAGAAAAACUUUCAGAAAAAGAAGAAACUUUGAAGAACAAACUCAUCGAUGAAAUGUUGUAAUGUUAAGCUUAAGCUUGUAUUGUUUAUCGCGUAACUUAUAUUAUAUUUGUAAUAUAUGCUGUAGGUAAGGUGUUAUAUUAGCGUGCAAAGACUUUCUCUUGAUCA